CUGCCGGCUCCUGCACGUCCUGCAAUUCCCUCCGGCGCCCCGUGCAGUGUUUGUGGGCGGACUGGACACGACUCCAGCCGAUGCUUCAAGGUGGUUCCUUGCCCUCAUUGCAGCCGGACCGGUCACAAUCCUAAACAGUGCUACGAAUUGAUCGGCUAUCCUGCUUCAUCGCAACAGUCUUCUCUCGGCGCCUCUUCCUUUUCUGCAGGACGUGGUUCGAUCGCUGCUGGUGCCGGUCAUCGUCUCCCUCCCGUUGCAGGCCGCGGCCGCGGUCGUGGUGUAUCACCGGUGCAGGCCAACGCGACUGGUGUGCUACCCGUCUUUAGUUCUUCUGAUUGGAAUUUGGUUCUAUGUUGGGAGAAUGGACAGCGUCUGUGA